AUGGAAGAAUCAGUCGCCGAUUCUGAGGGACAGUCGUCGAAUCUGGACUUCAAGCAGAAAGCAUCCCUAUCGCUUGAAGAUUUAGUCGAUAGAAUCUUUCCUAGAUUGAACUUGAAGCUUUUCUUACUGUUUCUGAGUGCUCUGAGCACUAUUUUCCAUGCUGCUGCAGUGACAUAUGUAACCGCCCUCGCUGGAAACAUACCAUACAAGGAUUGGGUAUGUGUUUCAGAGGAUUGUGUGUCACUCUUCAGAACCGCAUCAGCAGCCGGCUUGGAAGGGGACUUCUUCUCACAGAAGACGAUCUGCGAAAACAAUUUAGUAGCUGGCACCGAUUUUGAUUGGACGACUCAAAAGACAACUUUCACGACGGAUUGGAACAUAUAUUGCAAGGACGAGGCCAAGUUGUCCCUCAUCUCCAGUAUCUCCUUUUUUGGAGCUCUCUUUGGUUUACUGUGUUCAACAGCCAUAUUCGACAGAAUAGGCCGGAAAAGAGGUGCCCUCCUAGGCUGUGUUAUUGUAACAAUGGGAACAGCUGCCAGUGCUGCUGCUCCCAACUACCAGACACUGCUAGUCCUGAGGGUCAUAUCAGGGUUCGGGCUCCUGAUCAACUACACCGGCUCCUACUGCUGGAUCAUAGAGUUCGCACCCACUCACCUCAGGAACCUUGUGAGUGGGUGCUAUAAUCUGGGAUGGACGUGUAGCUAUGUGAUGAUGGUGGUGCUAGGGUACCUUAUAGACAAGUGGGAACAUCUCUACCUUGCGGUGGGUGGGCUCUGUGUUUUUAGUUUAGUCAUGUUCUUCAUUACUCCGCUUCCUGAGUCUGCUCGCUUUCAUCUGGUCAGAGGACGGGACGAGGAGGCAAAGAAAACCUUAGAAUAUCUGUCCAACAUCAGUGGGCACCCAAUUUCUUUCGGUACCGUUCAUCUUGUAUACGACAAAAGAGUGCAGAACUACUUGAAGUCCCUCCUAUGUAUGGUUGGCUGGUUUCUAGCCGCUCUGAUAACCUACGCUUACACGUUCGGAUGGAGUAAGAUAGGUACUGAUCUGUACACCAGCUACAUGUCUGCUGCCCUCGGAGGAGGACUUGGAUACAUCCUCUCUAUCCUUGUCUGUCGGGUCCUCGGGAGAAAGCGAGCAACCUUGUUCUUCUUCGGUUCUGUUGCUGUGGUGAAUGUCAUCGCCAUGCUGGAUGUGGACCUCUCAGACACGUGGACUUUAGAGCACGUGGCGAGUUUGCUGGGGAAUGUGAGUAUUCUAGGAGCGUUUGCAAUGUUGUAUCUCUACACCGGGGAACUGGCUCCAACCUCGCACCGUGGUAUGAUCAUGUGUCUCAGUUCUAGCUGUGCUCGAUUCGGCAGCUUUAUUGGCCCGUAUGUGAGCUUGUUGUACGGGGUGACUGAUAGGAAGAUCCCUUUGGCUCUGUUUGCUGGUUUGUCCGUGUGUGCGUUUGUGGCAGUCUUGUUCCUUCCUGAUACUACUGGAGUUGGGAUACCAGAGACACCCAAAGAUAUUGAGAUCGUGAGCGAAGAAAAGAACGGGGUUGAUAAUGCUUGUAGUCAAUAA